UAUCAACGGGACGGCGUGACGUCACCACCCAGCUCCGGGAAGGGUUGAGCGGCUCACGGCUGCUGCUUCCAGACCAGCUAACGGGACAAAAACAAACCGUAGCAGCACUAAAGCGGGGGAAGAAGGCAACUUGGGUCAGUCUGAAUGUGUGCAGAUAAGGUAUUGCACGUUUCGCAUUGACUCGAGCCUUUUAUGCAACCUGCCCUUGCUCACAACAAACGACGAUGUCCGAAGCUGCUAACGCUACUUCUACAGACAACAACGGAGACUCGGGGCUAAACGGGUCCUGGGUGGAGUUGGAGAUGAACAGAAGCACGGCUGGUUCGACCCAGUCAUCUUCCACAGCGGGGCCGGCCCCGGGCCUGCUACCCCUCCCUCAGGUGGAAGAAGAGGAGGCCAUGGUGGGAGGGCUGGAGCACGUCCCGUCCUCGUCCUCGAUCCACAAUGGAGACAUGGAGAAGAUCCUGUUGGACGCCCAGCACGAGUCGAGCCGCAGCAACUCCUCCUGCGACAGUCCCCCGAGGCCCCACAGUCCCCAGGAUGAUGGACAGAUCAUCUUCGACGUGGACGUGACCAGCAGAAGAGACAGCCAAUCAGAAGAGGACAUCAUGGACAAGGAGAGGGACAUGGACAUCCUUAUGAAGGACUCAGACUGGGUUGCUGACUGGUCCAGUCGACCGGAAAACAUUCCCCCCAAGGAGUUUCAUUUCCGUCACCCUCGCCGUUCAGUAACGCUCAGCAUGAGGAAGACCGGGGCCAUGAAAAAAGGAGGCAUCUUCUCCGCUGAGUUCCUUAAAGUCUUCAUCCCAUCGCUGCUACUAUCACACAUCCUCGCUCUGGGGCUGGGAGUGUACAUCGGAAAGAGGUUGACCACGCCACCAGCCAGCUCUUUCUGAGCCCAAAUCUGAAGAAAAGUGCCUGAGAAGUGGCCAUGAGAUGUUGGAGAAAGUUUUGGUGUUGUGAGAAGAACGCCCGUCUCUCCCUCCCUCUGUCCCGCCUGCUCCCGCUAUUCCCCCUCCUCGUCCCUGAGAUAUGACAUGUUCUCAGGAGUAAUGCAUCUGCCUCUUCCCCUCCUUUUAUCUCCUCCUUCCCCUCCUCCUUUUUCUUUAUUUUUUUUCUUAAUCUGCUUCCUCUCUGUCUGUAGAUAUCCCUCUUUCUCCCUUCUUAUACCCAUCACUUAUUUGUAGAAACUUUGUAAAGAACGAAUGAGGUCAUAUUUCCUCCCCCUCUCGACAGCGUUUUUUUUUUUUUUGGUUUAAAUGUUUAUAACGGGUGGGUUUUCAGGGAGGGUCGCAGCAUUAAACCAAACUCUUCUACUACCCAGUGCCCUUUGAUCAUCCUACAACAAAUAGAGGACUGUCCAGUUUUUAGAACUGACCAGAGAUUGUGCCACCUACGCGAGUAGCCCCAACUCGAUCUAGAAGGGUUUGACCAAAUUUCCGAGUGGGCUACACAAAUUGAAAAUGUGAUCAUGCCUUCUUUUUUUGAAAGUAGCCAUUUUGCUAAUUAUCUUUAGAUAAGAUUGUCUUUUUUAAUUUAUUUUACAACAGUGAUGGUUUAUUGAGAAGUUGUAUUAAAGAAAGGAUUUUACCACAGUGGCCAUCCCAAACCACAAGCGCUAAUGAAUUUGCACCGGGGGGGAUGUAGCGUCCAGCUGUCUGUCAGUUGAGAGAGUGAAAGUGAGAGAGAGAGAGAGAGAGAGAGAAUUACAUUAUUUUACCUUUCUUUUUCUUUUUUUCCUGUGACAGAAAGUAGAAACAAUAUGAAUGCAAAGUGACAAUAACUGGAAAGCAGGAUGUGUGUGUGUGUGUGGGGUGCAGGCAGGCAGAACAUCCCUCUGUGUGUACACUAACAGUAUUGUGUGGUUGUGGGGUCCAGAAAGGCUCAAUCGUCUGUCCAUACCUGUCUGCGUCCAUGUGGUCCUUCCACUGUCCCCUGGCUCGUCUGCGACAUAUCGUAGUGGUCCUAACUGGUCACUUCCUGCUUACGUUUUCUCCAGAUUGGGCUGGAUAUUACAUGGUACAACGCUGAUUGUUACAUAUAUGUGGAUCUGAAGGAAUCACAAGUUAUUUGGUACCAAAAACUUGAGAUUUUAAAAUGGAGAAUUUCAGUUUUGGUACAUAUGUUUUUGAGGAUGUUUUGAGUGAUUUUAUUUUAGAAAAAAUUAACUUUUAACAAAUUACUUUGAUACAAGGAGUUUUGCUCUCAAGAUAUCGCUUCAUUAGGGUCGUUUUUAGUUAUUAGCAAACAAGAAAAUGUCCAGUAGUAGCCAGCCCUACAUCCUAACACUCCCAACACAUUUGCCAAAAUGCACAAAGCGAACAGAAAUGCUUCAUCAGGCUGCAGAUCAGUAGGCCUGAGUUUGGACAGGCAGAAGAUACUUGAUCCUCAGUUUUACAGUCGUCUGCCUCCUCUGAGUGACGCCGCUGAGCUGCAGCAAUUUCUAAUCCACUGAAGGGAGGGUUCGCUUUCACUGAACGAGGCUCUACUUCACGUGUAAACACAGGUACUUGGCUAGCAUGCUCGGUAAGGAUGCAUACUCUCGCAGCACAAUUUGAAAAGCUCGAUACAACUGUGACCAGUUUGCCGGACGUGAGUCUGUUGUAUUUACCAAUUUAGAAGUUCAGAUCUCAAAGCACAAUAGAAAUUAUCUGAAGUUCUGAGUUUAGUGCACCUUUUCUGGUAUCCACAGAAACCUGAUGCUUUUCUCAAGUGGCCAGAGGAUGCUGAAAAGUACAAUUUGCCUGUCCAUGAAAUCAUUUGCAGCGAAUACGAUUUUUCUUAUCUAACAGUGACGGGGUGACUGUCAACUUUCAUCGUCUUCAUUUCAGCCACAGAGACGCUGCACUGUUAUUUUGUGCGAUGUCCGUGUCUCUGCCUGUGUUUGUACACGCAGCUUUGAAAAGCAUUAAGUCGGAUUGUUCUUUCCUGUCUUGGUUUGUUGUUGUUUUGUUGAGUUUUUUGUUUUUCCUGACGUUGGAGAAAGAUUGUGAACGCGCAGAACAGGAGUCUGAUAAAUUUGACACGGAUCAUGUUCUCACUUAAACUGAAUUAAAGGUGUGAAAAAUCAAACCCCCUAUUGGUUGAUGGCAGGGCCUGAUGUGAAUAGGAAGUGGGAGGUGUUUGAAAGAGAUUUCCCUCAGACUGUGAUGGUCUAACAGUAGUUAUUGUAAUGAUGCAUUUGCUUUCAUUUUCUUUUUUCCCACUACAUUGGAAAAAAUGAUGAACAUUUUGUCAUUAAAGAUGACCUGAAUGAAACUA